UCUUUAUUUCUUUCUCUCUCUUCCCAAUUUUUUCCCUCAAAAGUUAGACUCGCGCAAACCCUACUUGGAUCUCUCCAUUUCCAUCGGAAGGCAGAGACGUAUAGAGAGAUAUUUUCUUGUUCGGUUUUCCUUUUGACCAAACAGACCAAGAAGAGGUAGAAAAAUAAAGAGAUGAGAGAAAUCAUAAGCAUUCACAUUGGGCAGGCUGGCAUUCAGGUGGGAAAUUCUUGCUGGGAGCUUUACUGCCUUGAGCAUGGCAUUCAGCCCGAUGGGAUGAUGCCCAGUGACACUACGGUAGGUGUCUCACACGAUGCUUUCAACACGUUCUUCAGCGAGACGGGCUCGGGCAAGCAUGUGCCUAGGGCCAUUUUCGUCGAUUUGGAACCUACCGUUAUCGACGAGGUCAGAACUGGUGGAUACCGCCAACUCUUCCACCCCGAGCAGCUCAUUUCUGGCAAGGAGGAUGCUGCUAACAAUUUCGCGAGGGGGCACUACACAGUUGGAAAGGAAAUUGUCGAUCUCUGCCUGGACCGUGUAAGGAAAUUGGCUGAUAACUGCACCGGACUGCAAGGGUUUUUGGUGUUCAGUGCUGUUGGUGGUGGCACUGGCUCUGGUUUGGGGUCCUUGCUACUAGAACGCUUGUCGGUGGAUUACGGGAAGAAGUCGAAGCUUGGCUUCACCAUCUACCCUUCACCCCAGGUUUCAACUGCGGUGGUUGAGCCUUAUAACAGCGUUCUCUCCACACAUUCCCUUCUUGAACACACAGAUGUGGCUGUUCUGUUGGACAAUGAAGCUAUUUACGACAUUUGCCGGAGGUCCCUAGACAUUGAAAGGCCAACAUACACCAACUUGAACCGCUUGAUAUCCCAGAUCAUAUCGUCCUUAACAACCUCGCUGAGGUUUGAUGGAGCCAUCAAUGUUGACAUCACAGAGUUCCAGACGAACCUCGUGCCAUAUCCUCGUAUUCAUUUCAUGCUUUCCUCGUAUGCCCCCGUCAUCUCGGCUGAGAAAGCAUACCAUGAACAACUAUCAGUCCCUGAGAUCACAAAUGCCGUGUUUGAACCUUCAAGCAUGAUGGCAAAAUGUGAUCCCAGGCAUGGGAAAUACAUGGCCUGCUGUUUGAUGUACAGAGGAGAUGUUGUUCCCAAGGAUGUCAAUGCUGCUGUUGGCACUAUCAAAACGAAAAGGACUGUUCAGUUUGUUGACUGGUGCCCAACUGGCUUCAAGUGUGGCAUAAACUACCAGCCUCCGACGGUCGUACCCGGUGGUGAUCUUGCCAAGGUGCAGCGAGCGGUUUGCAUGAUCAGCAACAACACAGCAGUGGCUGAGGUCUUCUCGCGCAUCGACCACAAGUUUGAUCUCAUGUAUUCCAAGAGGGCGUUCGUCCACUGGUAUGUCGGUGAAGGCAUGGAAGAAGGUGAGUUCUCAGAAGCUCGUGAAGAUCUUGCCGCCCUCGAGAAGGAUUACGAGGAAGUUGGCGCUGAAGGUGCAGACGACGAAGAGGAAGGUGAAGACUACUAAUGAUGUUGUGCAAGGGCACUUUAUCUUGAAUAUGAAGAAUAUAUGAAGAUUUUCUCUUCACCCUUUUCCUUUAUUUCGCUUUUGCUACUGUUUGUUUUGUGCAGAACAAUCCAUUUUAUCCACCGUUUUUCCAUGGAAUUGUCAAAAAUAUGUCCUUAAUUGAAUAUUCUCGUUUUGUUUUUGGUAUAUCAAUGAAGUGAUUCUUUAGAA